CUGCCUGGGAGGAGAGGAAAGGAAGCAAGUCUGGAAACUCGGAGAAGGCAAAGUGCAGCCAGCAAGAGGGCAGGGUCACGUGUGCUUGUUUUCAUUGCCUGCAAACUGCUGUGCUCUCCAGCCUGGCUCAGGCCUUCCUACUGCAUGAUCCUGCUCUUAGCAGCUGGGCUGUGCUUCCUAGCCAUACCCUGCACCCUGGCUCCCUCUCCUCAGCCCUGUUUUGUGGGGUUAGAGGAGCCCUCUGCUCUGCCCUCCACCCCAUGAGCAUGCAGGGGCUGGGAGACAGUGGGUGCAGCUGCCAGGGACAGGCCGUGCCAUGCUAUCCUAAGUGGCUUUGCCUGCGAGUCCUGGUGUGUUAGAACAAGCCCAGGGCCUGGCUGCACACUGCCUGCUUGCCUUUGGCAGUCCUUUCCAACCAGUUGGGCUGGUGCGUGGUGUAUAGGAGCUGCUGAGUCACGGAGCUGCUGGGGCCAGGCAUAUUGGCUAGCCAGGCCCAGGCUGGUCUUCGGGAUGCUGUAUCCGGCCUAUGCCUCCUACAAGGCUGUGAAGACCAAGAAUAUUCGGGAGUAUGUCCGCUGGAUGAUGUACUGGAUUGUGUUUGCACUCUUCAUGGCAACAGAGACCUUGACGGAUGUCUUCAUUUCCUGGUUUCCCUUCUACUAUGAGAUCAAGAUGGCAUUUGUUGUCUGGCUGCUGUCCCCGUACACCAAGGGAGCCAGCCUGCUGUACCGGAAGUUCAUCCACCCCACGCUGUCCCGCAGGGAGAAGGAGAUCGACAUGUACAUCAGCCAGGCCAAGGAGCGCGGCUAUGAGACCAUGGUCAACUUGGGGAAGCGGAGCCUCAACAUUGCAGCCACGGCAGCUGUCCAGGCUGCAACCAAGAGCCAGGGUGCAUUGGCUGGGCGCCUGCGCAGCUUCAGUAUGCAGGACUUGCGCUCCAUCUCAGAUGACUCGCCUGUGCACUAUGAGGAUCCCCUGUACCUGGAGGACCAGGUGGCAAGGAGGCGCCCACCCAUUGGGCAGCGAGCCGCCUCUGCCAGCCGGCAGCCAGCACAUGAGAGCGACAGCGAGGAGGAAGAGGACUGCUGGUCCGACUCCCAGGUCUCUCCCAAGGUCACACACCGCAGCAAGGACUCCAAGCCACUCUCCCGGAGCCAGAGCCUCCGCGUGGUCAAGAAGGGCUCGUCUCGGGUGGUGAGAGGCCGGGCCAGGAGGAAGGUGGUGCCACCGGAUCAGGACAGUUAAGCAGCCCUGGGGAGGCCAGAGCCGUGGCUCACUGGGAGUCUUCGCCUGACUAGAUGUGCUGCUGCGUGGGAGAGGGGACUGUCUCCUCCUUUCCACCUUCUGGAGUGGCUAGCUCCUCUGUUGCAGGGAAUGGACUCCCCCUGAUACCUUGCUCUGUAAAUAUCUUGGACUUCCUCAUGCCUCCCCGGUGAUGCCCGGUUGCUCUUUGUGCCCUGCAAGCUGCCUCUAAGCACAGUCUCCCUGCAGCUUCUUUCCAUGGAGGCUGGAUUCUGUCUUAAACUCUCUUUUUUGGAGGCCCCAGCAGCAGCACACUUGCUACUGGGCUAGUAGCACCUUUAGGCCAUGGAGCUGCUCUCCCAGCAUCCUCAUGUUUCAACAAGGGCCCUGUGAUGCUGGAGGGAAGAGGACCCCCUUCCUGUGCCUUUCUUCUGUACAGCUGCUGCAGGCUGGCUCCAGUGCCUCUGACCCCUCCUUGCUCUGGCCUGUGCAGCUCUGCCCACCCCUUGUUUUAUUCAGGUUCCUCUUUUUUCCCUGCUCGGGAGUCCGGGCUACUGCAGGCCAGCCAGCCCACCCAGUGCUGUAGCUACAAGCUGCCUUCCCUCCCAUUCAGCCGACGCCUCCAGUGGCCCAUGACUCCAGUGUGGAGCUGGGCUAGUGGAGAGAGAUGCACCAGACCAUGCCGGAGUGGGACACAGGUGCCCUGUGUGCCAGGUGUUAGCCUCCUGGUUGUUCAGUUUUACGGGGGGGAGGCAGGUAUUGAUGUAGCUCGUCACCUGAGCUCCCCUUUCCUGUCCCUUGGGGACCUACAACUGUCCUGCUGUUGCCAAGAUGAAUGACACUAAGCCAGCUGGAUGGCUCUGCCCUCUGCCAGUCUGCCCCCAGCUCUGUGCCUUGAAGCCGAAGCACAUUUCUGCCUCGCAGGUAAAUGUCACCCUAGUUCUGCCUUUGCCGCUGCUCCAUGACUUUCAAGCUGUGGGCGACUCGGCCCCUGUCGAAUCUGCACCGAACCAAAGAUGUUGCAUGUCAAACCUCACCAUACUCCUGUGCAUUGGCUCUGACCGGUGUGCUGGGAGCUGGCACUCUUUUUUUUCAGCCAGGCCCUUCCCUCCUGCCUGUGCUGAGACACUUCCAAGCCUUGACUGGAUCCUUCUUGAAUGCUUGAUGGCUCAGACCCUCUCCCCUCUCUCGUCUCUUUGUCCUUCGUGUAUUUUUAAGAUUGGACCCUCCCAAGACGCGAUUUUGUAUGUUGAAAUAAAUAGCUAUUGACACUAAA